UUAUCUGUUACAAAGUGACACUUCUUGUCAUUUUAUGCUGCGACUUCAACGAUGGCAGAUCCGCGCAUCAGACAAAUAAAAAUUAAAACCGGCGUCGUAAAACGCAUCGCGAAAGAAAAAGUAGUUUACGAGAAAGAAGCUGAGCAGCAGAGGAAUAGAAUACAGAAAAUUAAAGACGAAGGGCAGGACGAACACAACAUAAGAAAACAGGAGGAGGUCCUUCAGGAGUCCCUUAUGAUGGUCCCUGACUGUCAGCGGAGACUCGCAAAAGCUUUUCAAGAUCUUAAGAACAUAUUAGAAACCGAACAAGAUCUCAAAGAACACGAAGACUACAUUGCCGCAGAACUAGUGUUAAAAGACGCCGAGAGCCAGUUACCGGAGUCCACAUAAACUUAAUUUUAAUAUAACUUUUAAUAUUAGAUUUACAUAAAAAAACUAAUCAUGUCUCAUUA